UUAAAAACAUAUCGACCGCUGCCCACCACUAACACAUCUUUCUUUCCGGUGUGGUUUCUUGAAUAGAUCGCACGAAAUGGCUGCCCAUAAAUCGUUCAGAAUAAAGCAGAAGCUGGCUAAGAAGCUUAAGCAGAACCGUUCCGUUCCGCAAUGGGUUCGCCUACGAACAGGAAACACAAUCCGAUACAACGCUAAGCGCCGCCACUGGAGGCGUACCAAGUUGAAGCUGUAAGCUGUUGAUUCCAGAAGCUCCACAAUUUGUUGGAAUGCUGAAGAUCUUUUUCAAGAAUAUAAAAUAAAUUCGUUUACAAUUUCG